GGGAGAGGCAGCUACUGAGACAGUAAUCAAGAGGCAAGGAAGCAAGGAAAGCCACACCACAAAUAACAAGUUGGGUGUAUGAAGGAAGAAGACAGAGAAAAUAUGCCUGUGGAAUAUUAAACGGGACGGCCUCAUCUGUGUGUGUGUGUGUGUGUGUGUGUGUGUGUGUGUGUGUGUGUGUGCGCCCCCGGGCACUCCGAUGCCUGGAUGUGUGCAGAAGACAGAGGAGCAGGACCUGAGGCUUCUGCUGCCACUGGCAUUUGAAGGACCUUGAUCCCUCCUCCGGGGGCCAGCAGCAACACGGUCCUGUGGAUCCUCCAUACCAUCACCCAGGCAAUGACCUCAAGAGCCUGGGGCUAAAGAGGAGGGAGAAGAGGAGGAGAGGAACUGCACUGUGCUGCCAGCAACCCUCGAUGCUUUGGGGAACCAGGAGGUUGUAGGAUGGCUACACCUCAGAUCCACAUAGAAGAAGUGGCAGGUGGAGAAGGAGGGUACUUAGGGGCAACCCCUCCUCCUGAUGACCACCUUCUGAGCCUGAAAGUCCUCACAGAGAAACUGAGGCUGCAGACUCGGAGGCCUUCCUACCUGGAAUGGCAGGCCAAGCUCGAGGAGCAGACAUGGAAUUUCCCCAGGUCUACUGAUGAGCAGGAGGGGAAAGAACCAAGGAAAUCCAGAGAAGAGGAAUUGCCUCCCCUGAGAAAGUUACAACAGCAGCUACAUGAAAGUAACAGCCAGGACCCGCCACCUCUGACUCCUAGAAAAUUGGAUAGCUUUGAGAGCAUUGAUGAGGCUUUGCAUUGGCUAAGGAAGGAACUGGCAGAGAUGCGGUUGCAGGAUCAGCAGUUGGCCCGGCAGCUGAUGCGCCUCCGCAGCGACAUCAACAAGCUGAAGAUCGAGCAGACCUGCCACCUUCACCGGAGGAUGCUCAAUGACGCCACCUACGAGCUGGAGGAACGGGACGAGCUGUCUGACCUCUUCUGCGACUCCCCCUUGGCCUCCUCCUUCAGCCUCUCCACCCCACUGAAGGUCAUUGGAGUGACCAAGAUGAACAUCAACACCCGCAGGUUCUCCCUCUGCUGAAGGAGGAGGAGAUGUGGAGAUCACCAAAGGGCUGGUGGCAGUAAAGGGUUGGCAAGGGAGGGACACAAGCUCAGAUGCUUGUCAGUGGCAGGGCAAGGCCCAGGUGAGGUGGAGAGGUGCCCAAGCAGGGCCGACCUUCCUGAGGAGCUACCAGGUCCUGCCCAACGACUGGGUUGUGCCGGGGUGACUCAGGUCCACCAGAAAUGAGGAUCUAGCGCUCUCAAGGAGAUGUUAAUGGGGUCAUGGAAGCCUUCAGGGCUUCUUAUCCACUUAAUAUCUGACUAAUCCUUCUAUAAAACUGUUUUACUAGUGAUAGUGCUGUAAGAGAUUGGUUCCUUCCAACCUCUUACUCUAGCCUCCCCUCCAUUCCAUGCCCAUGUGCCUGUGAACACAAAUCACUGGUGCUAUGACCAGGGCUCCCAAAGGGAGGAAAAAGUCUCCCUGCCCCAGGCACUGUGGCCCUACCCUUGUCCCGGAAGGAUCUCCAUGGGCAUCAGAUAUCAUGUACCCCCAAAAGUAUAGGGAGGUGAUCCUUGUGCUUGGUGUACCCAUCUCAGUGUCAAUGUCCCCUCAGUGUUGACCAGGAAGUACUCUCCAUGUAUUCGAUUCAAAUCAAUUCAAUAAGCAUUUAUUAAGAACCUAUUAUGCUUGAAGUACUGUGCUAGGCACAGUGGAUACAAAGAGAAAAAAAUAAUAAUAAUGUCUUCCCUCAAGGAGCCUGCGUUCUUCUGAGUAAGUGGCAGGGCUCCACCAUUUGUACAGUUAGGCAGCAGAUACACUUUUACACAGGCCCUCCUGGAAAGAGAGCCCCUAAAACCAACAGCCAGGAUCAUAUGUUCCUGGGUGCUGGCAUUACAAUCCAAGAGUCAGAUCAUUUUGGCAAGACUAGGUACAACUGUUGCCAGUUUUUGACUCGGGCUCUUGGGAGGCAGUUGGAAGAGACUGCCAUUUGUGCCAGGUAGUCUGAUGGGCCUUCUCCAGUGUUACAAGUUAGGGACAGAUCCUGAACCUAGAUUUUGCUCUCCUUGAGCAGAAAAUACCCAUGAGAACCUCCAAAGAGGCCCUGUACUUCUGCUUCUGUUUCUCUAUCUCCCCUCAUGCCCAAGGGAUUGCCAUGUAGACCACAAUAGAUUGAACUCAAUUUUCCUCCUAAGGGUACCUCCAGGCUCACCUGAUGAGUGCUAGAAAAUGCCUCUUUAUUGAGCUUGGUAGUACCACCUCCCUAACCUUAUUUCCAUUUUUACUGCCUUCCCACAAAGACAAUCAAAAUCAGCUAUCACCAAGCUUCUCUGUACAUCCAACCAGUUUCCCCAUUAUGAUUGAAUUAAAGAGUUAUUUACAAUAGCAGGUAACUGAAUGAUUCUAUCCAAAGGGAGGAACUGGUUGAUGUAAUAGAACAUCGGUCCUAGAAGAAAUGCUUUCUCUUUUCAUAGGGCCAUAUUCACUGAGACUAUGAGGGCCAGUAUCUGAGAGAACUCAGACUUAACAAAUCUGAAAAAAAUCAAUGUAAUAUUAUAUGUCAAAAUAUCCCCAAGUCAGCAAUAGUUGAAUUACAAA